GGCGGCACUUUACAUGUUUCAUUUCCUUCAACGGAAAACCGAAGCCAAAUUUUGUCCACAGAUUUCGUCUCAUCUUCGACCAGAGCUGGUCAGAGACAAAAUCUUGCCUUUGCUUUAGUCUUGUGGUCCGGCGAAACAGUCCUCCAUCUUCACCCGCUUUCUCGAUUUCUGAAUUUCCAGUCUAUUUACUAGGGCCCCAAAUUUUGCUCCACGCGCCCCAUUUUACACAACAUGGAUGACGAUUGGGAUGAUGGAGUGGUCGCUGCGCCAAUGCCCCCCACCAGUUUUGCCUCAGAAGGAGGCACUAAGUUCGCGGCAGGCCGCGGCUUUAAACCAGUAGAUAUGGGAUCAGACAACACAUGGAACAACGAUGCGACCGUCGGCGGAUGGGGCGAUUCGGAAGCCCCUAGCGACUUUGGCAAUGGCGGGCGAGGAGGCCGAGGCCGCGGAGGGCGUGGCCGAGGUGGCAGAGAUCGAGAUGGAGGAGGCAGAGACCGAAAUGGAGGUGGUAGAGAUCGAGAUGGCGGAGGUAGAGAUCGAAAUGGAGGCGGCCGAGACCAUGAUGGAGGUGGCAGGGAUCGUUAUGGGGGUAGAGAUCGGGACGGCGACAGGAAUCGUGACGGCGAUAGAAAUCGCGACGGCGGCGAUAGCUGGAACAACCGCCGCAAUGACGAUAAGAAAGAUGAGAAUGGCGAGCCGCAAAAACCAAGAGAAAUCUACAUUCCGGUGGAAAGAGUGAACGACGAUAAUCUGUUUACGGAGACAAUCACAUCUGGUGUGAACUUUAUAAAGCUGGACGAUAUCGACGUUAAAGUCACGGGAGAAGAUGUUCCAAACCCUAUUUCGUCCUUUGAUAAAUCGGAGCUGCGCCCUCAUCUACUAGGCAACGUUAAGAAGUCUGGUUACUUGCAACCGACUCCCAUUCAAAAGCACGCCAUACCGAUCUUGUUAGCUGGCCGCGAUAUGAUGGCCUGCGCCCAAACUGGCUCAGGAAAAACCGCAGCUUUUCUGUUGCCGAUUAUUAAUAUGCUCCUCCAAAGCCAAAAGCCUCCGGAAACCGAAGGUGAGACCUGCAAACCUAACGUGGUUAUUGUCAGUCCAACUCGAGAGCUGACCAUCCAGAUCUACGACCAGGCGAGGAAGUUUGCCUCAAAUUCCAUUGUAAAAGCUGAGGUUAUCUAUGGAGGCACGUCUGUGCACCAUCAACGAAGCAAGAUUAUGAAAGGCUGCCAUAUCUUAGUGGCUACUCCUGGCCGGUUGAACGACUUUGUUAACCACGGGCAUAUUAGUUUCGCUUCCGUGCAGUUCAUUGUUCUGGAUGAAGCUGAUCGAAUGCUGGAUAUGGGAUUUUUGCCGAUUGUUGAAUCCAUGCUGGGUCAUUCCACCAUGGUAGCCACGGGCGAUAGACAGACGCUGAUGUUCUCCGCAACGUUUCCCGAGGAAGUGCAGCACUUGGCUGGCAAAUUUCUGCACAAUUACAUUUUUGUGGCGGUUGGAGUGGUGGGCAGCGCAUCUACGGACGUUGAGCAGGUCUUUUACGAAGUCUCGCGUUUCGAUAAGAGGAACAAGUUAAUGGAAAUGCUCUCGGCAGCUCCUGGCGAAAAGACAGUGGUGUUCGUAGAGACAAAGCGAAGCGCCGAUUUCUUAGCCACGUUUUUGAGCGAGAAUAGCAUCCAGUCGACGAGUAUUCACGGUGACCGGCUGCAGCGAGAGCGCGAAGCUGCUCUUUGGGACUUCAAAAAAGGAAUUCGAUCAAUUCUGGUCGCAACGGGGGUAGCGGCCAGAGGCUUGGAUAUUGAGGGUAUCCAACACGUUAUAAACUACGACUUGCCUAAGAGCGUGGACGAGUAUGUGCAUCGCAUUGGCAGAACCGGUCGAGUGGGAAAUCGAGGCAAAGCCACCAGUUUCUAUGAUUCAAAAUGCGAUAGCGCCAUUACCGGUCCCUUGGCCACUAUUUUGAAGCAAGCGGGUCAAGAAGUGCCGGAGUUUUUGCUUGGCGGCGGGUAUGGAGGCGGUUACGACAACGGAAACUUUGGGGGCCGGGACAUCCGAGGGGAGAACUUCGGACAGGGCCAGAACUUCAACCAGGUGCCAGUCGAAAACGAGGACGAAGAUUGGUAGUGCGCGCAUACUUCAUUGCCCUGUUAUUGCGUUUUAUUUUCUUCGCAACUUGACUUUUUUUUUCGUUUUGUACUAUUUUUUAGAAUCUCCAGUUGUGUUAAAUCCAUGUUCCUUUAAGCGCGUUAUAUCAGAUAGCGAAGUUGUGAUACACGCGGAAAGAGGAAGGUUGAGACGUUAUUUGGUCACGUUAGUGGCUGGCCAAACUUGUUAAGACCCGGUGAAGACUUGUCUUUUAAGAAUUUGAUUUCGUUUAAAUACAAUAAGGAUAGUAUUAGUUUUAAGAAUUGUUUUCGAUGAAGCUGCUAGGGAGUUUUAAUAAAGAGUUUCUAGACGAA